UCCCCAGCCUUGCCCAGCCCAGUCCGACCCGGCCGAGCGCGGCCCACAACUGCCCGCCAGUCGCCGAGGUCCGCUCUCUCUCGCCCAGCCACCAUGGCAAUUCCCGUCUCCAGUUCCGACCCCGGCUAUAUCCGCACCGUCUUGGGCCAGCAGGUCCUGGACGAGCUGGACAGUUCCACACUCGCCUUGCCGUCGAAGCUGUCGGACGGGCGACAGAAGUCGGAAAAGUCGCUCCGCAUCCAGCGGCAAGUCCAGCAGACUUUGGCCCGGAAGAGCAAGAGCUCCCUAGUCAACGGAGGUUUGCAUCGAGCUAGCAGCGUUCCAGAGUAUGUAUAUAAAUUAGAUGCAUUGGAAACAGACUUUGCUUCAAGACCAUAUUUUGCAACUUCAUAUUAUCAGUCUCAUCAGCUUACUUUGUUAUCAGUGGAAGCUAUUUUGAAGCUUCACUGCAGCACAGGGAAGACUCAGGUUUUAAAAGGGGAGGUCACCAUGGUUGAGAGAAAUAUCACUGGUUCAGUGGUUUCCAGUAGCAUGUAUAUUCUAAACCAGAGAUUGGAGGUUUCUCCUGAGGGCAGUCCCGACAAGCCGCUUCCCUUCCACACUGACCUGCGCUAUAAUAGGGCUUUAACACUUCGACAGAAUGAGAGCAAGAGAACCUGCGCCUUGCCACCAAGAUAUGCUCGUUCUGAAAUCCUUGGCUACACAAGCCGCAGUGUUUCAAGCAGAGGACCCAGGCACUUCUACAUUGGGCCGACUAAUGAGACGAUGGUGGACAGUGUACCAGUCAGUCCAGGAGUACCGCUGUAUCAUCGUGUGGGGAAUAGCCGGAGUAUGACCAAUCUUUUGGAGAAGGAGAAUUAUCUAAAUAAUGGGGCUGCGGUGGGGCAAGUCAGAGCUUCUAUGUAUUCCCAAGCUGGAACCCAGCACAGGCAUUCGAGCUGGCAUCAGAACACCGUCAAAUCCCAGAGCACAAGGGAAAUCUCCCUGCCAACUUCAUUCACCGAGGCAGGUGGGAAGAGGAUGACAAUGACAGCGGCUAUGGCCGCUGCUGGAGCAAAUGGCAUGGUUGAGCAUGAAAGGAUAUCUGCCAGCAGAUCUCAAGUAGGGAAUCCAGAAGGAGAGAUGAAUCUGGAGCGUGCCGUAAAUAUAUUGCAAAAUGAAAAUCCCUUGUCUUCUCGAGUUUUGGCAGCAAUUGUUUUUAUACAGCACGAGAGCUUUCAGAGAGCAGAAGCCAGAAGGAAAGUAUAUUCCCUAGUUGGUAUUCCCAAACUUUUAGAGCUUCUGAAUGUGCAGAAUGAGGAAGUACAGAGGGCAGCGUGUGGAGCUUUAAGGAACCUGGUAUAUGAAGACAAUGACAACAAACUGGAAGUGUCCGAGCAGAAAGGCAUUUCAACCCUGCUAAGAUUAUUGCGACAAACCAGAGAUGUGGAGACUAAAAAGCAAAUUACAGGUUUGUUAUGGAAUCUCUCCUCCAAUGACCAGCUGAAAAAUUUAUUGAUCCGGGAAGCCCUGCAGCCAUUGACAGAAACUGUCCUCAUUCCUUACACGGGAUGGCCUGAUAGAGAUUAUCCCAAAUCAAGCAUCAUCCCUGACCCUGAUAUCUUCUACAAUGCUACAGGAUGCCUAAGAAACAUGAGUUCUGCUGGCCCUGAAGGGAGAAAGAAAAUGAGGGAAUGUGAUGGAUUGAUUGACUCUCUGGUAUAUUAUAUACAAGGAACAACUGCAGAUCGUAAACCAGAUGAUAAGGCUACAGAGAAUUGUGUGUGCAUUCUUCAUAAUCUUUCUUACCAGUUAGAGACUGAGCUCCCUAAUAAUUACAUUGAAAAACUCUAUGUGCGAAAAAGAGAUGAUCCAUCCGGGAACAACAUUGGAUGCUUUGGAACAAAGAGCAGGAAAGCAAAGCAGAAGCAACAAGAUUUGCCUCUUCCGGAAGAAAAGAGUAACCCCAAAGGCGUUGAAAAGCUUUGGCAUUCCACACUGAUCAGGAUAUAUUUGUCCCUAAUAGCAGAAAGCACUAGAAACUUCACUCAAGAAGCAUCUCUGGGGGCUCUGCAGAACCUCACUGCUGGCAAUGGACCAAUGCCAUUUGGGGUGGCUCAUAUCAUUAUCAAGAAGGCCAAUGGCCUCCCAAAUAUUCGAAGCAUGCUACACGUGAGCAACUUAAGCGUUAGGAAAACAGCAGUGUCCCUACUCAGAAACUUGUCUCGUAACACCUUGCUGCAAAAUGAAAUAGCCAGAGAACUAUUGCCAGAAUUGAUUGCCAUACUGCCAAAUAAUGCCCCAACAUCCGAUGUGGACAAUGAGACCACGGCUUCUGUUUGCUAUGCUUUGUACAACCUGACUCAAAACAAUUCCUCAAAUGCUCGGCUUCUCUUGAAUAAUGAUGGCAUUUCAAAGAUUAUGGAUAUCAGCACAAGUGACAGCAAAAGUGGUAGAGCUGCCUCGAUUCUCUUGUAUUCUUUGUGGUCUCAUGCUGAUCUCCAUGGUGCUUACAAAAAGGCUGGAUAUAAGAAAAUGGAUUUCAUCAACAAUCGAACAUUAAGAGCCUAUAAUUCACUGAAAGACUGAAAACCUGGAAAGUUCUUAAAGAUCUGUGUGGAAAAACAAUACAGACUUAUUAUCAUUGUUCACUCAGUACCAAGAACUGGGAAAGAGUGAAAGAGUGUUUUAUUAUUUACAGCGGGUGUCUGGAAUAAAGUGCUGAUCCCCA